AUGUCACUCUUUGCUGACUGGGGUUUCUCAUCAGUGUUUCCUUCAGUUUCCAUUUGCAUCUGCGCCACAGCCACGUGCAGCCAGUUUGCGCAGGUCGGCCCCAUUGGCAACGCCUGGGUGGCUGGUGAGACGUCUAGCUCCCUGGAUGGGCACAGCAACGCUGGAAAAACCGACAUCUUUCUGAUGAAGUUUCGAGCGCCCCGGUUGAGGUUGAGAGGCAGUCGGAGCACCGAGUUUGGCCUUCGGGUCAACUUCUUCAGCCGAGUGCAGCCAGGUAACAUGUCCAGCUGGCUACACGCAAAAUCCCUUGCAGAAGAGUGGUGGCAACAGCAUGUGCUGCGUGCUGUCCAGUACCCCAACUUCCAGCUGGACAACGCCAACGACGGCAUCCACUGGCAUCACCACCGCAAUGUCAUCGUCGAAGCCGUCAACCAGCAUCACCCGAACAAAAUCAUCGACGACUGCAUCGACCAGGACGUCAUCAAGGACAGUAUCAACCAGCACCAGCACACGAUCAGCAACGAGAGCAUCGACCAGGACAACAUCAAGGAUAGUAUCAACGUCAUCGACGAAGACAUCAACCAGUAUCAGCAGAGCAAGAUCCACAACGAAAUCGUCAACCAGCACAGCAUCAGUGACGACAGCAUCAGCCAGCGCAAGCGCGGAAGAAGCUCUACCGGCUCCACCGGGAUUGCCAGUGAACAGCAAAUAUCAACCACGACUGCCUCGGUCGAUGUCGAGAACUGGAAGAAGCCAGGGAUAUCAAAUGCCCAAUCGAUCGAUUUGGGUGCGAACACCACCAGCACAUCAAACCAACAUGAUUCGACUCUAUCAAGUGAAGAUGAUCCGACUGGAUUGCUGGUGGCUGCAGUGGUGGCUGCGGUGGUGCUGCCGUUGCUGACGGCGUGCCUUUGUGCCGCCCUGGGCAUCUACUGUUACCGCGCGAAGCUCCGCCAGCUUCGAGGUGCCGAAGCAGAGCCUCAAGUCCCAAAUCCGCUGGCGAUACUGCCGCCCCUUGCGUGGUCUGUGAAACCUCUCAUUUUCUCAUGGAAUUCCAGGAUGACUGCGGAAUGGCCACGAGGAAAAGUUCAGAAGCUUUCGGUGAGCGAGGCGGCUUUUGAAUUGAGCGGUCGCCAGCUUCAAUUUCGACCAGGGCAAGUUCGACAUUUUACCUGGGAAGAUGGAACUGUCCAGACGGUGCAGAGUAUUCAAAAGAACGUGGUGUGGUGGAGCACGCAGCAUCCCCAUCCUGCUUGGCAACGCUUCAGGUGGGUUUGCACUCCAAAAUGCCAAGUCGAAAAUCACCACGACAUGGAGCUCACGGACUCGGAGGGUGAUGGCUACAGAUGCACAUCGUGCUCGCGCCUCCGAGCUGCUGGAAAGCACUGGUACUGCCCGCAGCAUCAGGUGCACGUGUGCCCAGUUUGCGCAGAGCUGCCACCUGAGAUGGUGACGUUGGGGUUGGCAGCCACGUAUUUGGUGGACGUCUUUCCACCUUUGGCCCGCAGAGUGACCAGCGCUGAGAAUCCAAAUUUCUACGAAAUUUGCCCAAAGUUGGCGCACGGGACGGCCGGUAUGGGUUACAACAGGACAUGUCCCAGAGAUGGAAGGCCCCAUUGCAGCAUUGUGGACGCGUUGGAAGAUGCGUACAGUGGAAAGGUCUCGCACUUCGUUUCAUGGUGCUGGGCAUAUUCCUUGAACAAUGUCGUCAGUGCCAUUGAGCGAUGGGUACAAAAGUCCAAUGAAGAUGCACGGAACGUCUUCCUGUGGAUGCAGCCGACCUACGUGAGCGGCUACCUGAACGACCUCCGCGCGGAAAAGAACGCUGCAGCUGCGCCUGCUACAGGCGCCACGCAGCCUGGUGAUGUUCAAGCUGAUGAAGCUAUGAAAGCUGCUUCGGCUGCUGCAGGUGACAAACGCGUGUGCAUCACGCAGGAGAUACCAAUGAACAUCAUACUCCCCGGCGCGGCUGAGACCUUUUUCAAGGAAACUAUGUCAGCGGGCAGGAUCAAUGUGCUGACUGACGCAGUGGACACUCUCAAUGUUCGGCAUGCCAGGGCGGGAUCCGAAAAGGACGAGGACUUGAUCAAAAGAAUCAUCCUCACCACCACGGGUUACGAUGCAGUGAAUCAUGCUGUGAAAUCGCGGCUGAUAGACCAGUUGACAGUUUUGUUCCGUGGCUGCAAACUUGGGGUGAAGAGGGGAGCGUUCAGAUGA